GAAUCAUCUGAGUUAUUAUUAUUAUUAUUACUUAACCUGAUAGGAAAAUCUCCUUCCAGAAAGGAGAUGAGUCAAGCUCCCGAGCAUGGACAAGUAGGUCCUCAGGGAGAACAGGAGCACGUGAGUGUGCAUACCGAGGCGUCUAGCUUCACACCGCAGCACGAAGUUCCGGAGCCGCAGGUUCCGCAACUGAAUGCCGUACCACAGGAGGUUCCUUAUUUGCAGCCGCAGAUGGCGGCCAACAUGCUCCAGUUCCUCCAGCAGAUGGCCUGGGAGCAGAGGGGCGACCUAGCCAUCGCCUUGCUUCAAGACGCUGCCUACGACUGGUGGAAGCGCGCGGGAGCGAAUGUCCUGGAGCCGGUGCCAUGGGCGACUUUUGAUGAGCUGUUCCGUGAGGAGUACGUGCCUGAGCACUUUAUGGAGGAGAAGCGCGAUGAGUUCAUGAAGUUCACUCAGGGUGAACUUAAGCUACCAGAGUACCGCCAGAAGUUUGAUGAGCUGGCUGAGUUUGGCCGGGACAUGGUGCCGACGAUGGAGAGGCGAUGCAAGCGCUUCAGGGAGGGGUUACGCCCUGAUUUGUCCUUCGGGCUGGUCUCUGCGCCUAGGAAUGACAUCAACGAUCUCUAUAAGCAGGCGUUACAGCUGCAGGCGGCCUUACUCAACAAGGCCGAGUAUGAGCAGGCCCAGAAGACGCAUCCUCGUCCGCCACCGUCACCCAAGCCCAGCUCGAGCAGCAAGAGGCCUCCUCCCGUACCGAGCAGCUCGCACUCGAGCAAGAAGGCCGGGCAUUUUCGUAGGGACUGCCCAACGAACCCUGGGGAGCCGUUCCCGACAGCGACUGCAGCCGCAGCUUCAGCUCCAGCAGCCCAGGCCGCAUCGAGCCAGAAGUCGGUAGCGGCAUCUAGUCAACCAAAGAGGCCGGCGAUGAGCGCACCGUCCGGGAAGGCCCCAUCCCGCACCUAUGCGAUGCACGGACGCACUGAACAGCCUGCCCAUGACGUGAUUAUGGGUAUGUUCACUUUAUUCGAUACAUGCGUAUCCGCUUUGAUUGAUCCAGGUUCUACAUUGUCAUAUUUAUGUACGUCUAUGCCUACCGCGUCGAAUAUCUCGAGAGAGAACCAGGAGAAUCCGGUCGUUGUGUCCAACCCGUUGGGACACAGUCUACAUCUCAAGCAUAUCUAUUCCAACUGUCCGUUAGUGGUGCAAGGGAAGAGUUUCCCUGCAAAUUUGAUCGAACUUCCACAUCGGGAAUUCGACAUUAUUCUGGGUAUGGAUUGGCUCACGGCCAACCAGGCUGUGGUUGAUUGUGGUGCACACACUGUACGGCUGAAAGCCGAAGACGGUAGCGAAGUACUAGUCCACGGUGAGCUACUCCCGAAAGCUCCCGAAUUCAUUUCCUAUAUUCGCAAAACUCUAGCCGUACUCCGAGUUCAGCCUACUUUGCUCCAUGAGAUUGAGACAGCACAGCGCAGCGACGACUUCUGCAAGCAGACUUGUGAGCUCGCCUCUCGGGGCGAGAAACCCGAUUUCUCCGUGCGAGAGGAUGGAGUCUUGCUGUACCGAUCAGACCCUUCACACGUGAUACCAGCAGAUACAGUCACUCUCGACGAGAACCUUUCAUACGAAGAGGAGCCGGUUGAGAUCCUGGCUCGCCUCUCUGAACCUGGGCGUCUUGAACACAAUACCUUGACAAUCGUUUGUCAUGAAGUGUCAAUCGAUUGUCAUGGCCUGCGGAACUUGGGAAAAGAAACUGCACAGCAUGACAAUCGAUUAUCAACAGUAGUUAGUCGAUUGUCGGCCAGUUCUGAACCCAGACGCAUGUUUAGGAUCAUGGCAUACUUUGCAUCCGCGACAAGAGGUCAGGCCCAGUGCGCCUCUUCCGCGGGCCCGUCUUGGAACCUACGGGUCCAGCGGGUUCACAUAUCGAGGGCUUGUGUAGGCCAGAGGAUCAUGGAGCCUGACCCGGACGAUUGGGUGAUCGGAGCGGCAGAUGAACGGCAGUGGAGACUUGUUUAAUUAUCCAUUUAAUUAUGAAAAUGUUUUGGGCUUGAACCCACCGUUGUUGCACUUAUGUUACUAAAAACUUAACGGUUUU